UCUGUUACUUUUAUUUUUACGGAGCAUUUUUACGGAGUGGAAGUCUAUGAACUGGAAGUCGUAGCUGUGUCGCUCCCUGUUCGAUUCGAUUAAUGGUUCUCUUGAGAAGAAAAUGAGUUCAUUGGGCGAUCGGUACGCGAUGCUUCUGACACAACAUUUGACCCACGACGCAGAGGAAAUUGGCAGACCUCAUCAGUCUCAGGUCUUGAGAGACUACGUCACGAGGCAGAUCAAUGUGUUCCUGUGGAUAUCUCUCAUCACCAUCACUCUCCUCUUGCUCAGAAAGCUCGCGAAGCUCUUCGGAUUGUGGGCCAAAGGCAGCCUCAUACCUGGCCCACCUUGUCCCUCCUUCUACGGCCACUCCAACCUCAUCUCCGGAGCGAGUCUCACUGAUCUUUUGUCAAAAUCGCAUGAAAAAUAUGGACCAGUUAUCAAGCUGUGGUUGGGUCCUACUCAGCUUCUAGUGUCAAUGACGGAUCCAGAACUCAUUAAAGAGAUGCUCUUAAAAGCCGUGGAUAAAUUUCCCUUGACAGGGAGGGCAUUUCGUUUAGCCUUUGGACAAUCAAGCCUUUUUGUUUCUUCUUUCGACAAGGUACAGAAGAGAAGGGACUCAUUGGAAAGACAACUAAAUGGGAAAUUGCUUGAAAGAGCAAAUAUUAUUCCAGCAAAAGUUGCAGAUUGUGUAAUGGAAAGAAUUCAAGAUAUAAUGGCCAAAGGAAAUUUUGACUGUAAAAUUAUUUCUCAACAUUUGGCUUUCACCAUCUUGGGAGCUUCCCUCUUUGGUGAUACAUUUUUGUCUUGGUCCAAAGCAACCGUUUACGAAGAUCUUCUGAUGAUGAUUGCCAAGGAUGCUUGCUUUUGGGCCUCAUACAGUGUUACUCCCUUCUGGAAACGUGGAUUUUGGAGGUACCAAUAUUUAUGUACGAAGCUAAAAUGCUUAACCCAAGACAUUAUCCAACAGUGUAGACAAAAUUACGAACUAUUUACUCAAGUAGAUCAAAUCCCUCGUAAUGUUGGGCGGGAGGCUGCAUCUGGUGCACCACCUUCUUCUGUUAAUGCAAUGCCAAAUAACUUGUUUCUGCAGCAGCUUGAUGACCAUCCUGAUACAGGAGAAUCAUGUGGGAAUAUUACAAGUGUAAUGUUUCAUGGGUGUCUAACUACUGCAGGUCUGAUCGGUAACAUGUUAGCAAGACUUGUGGCACAUCCAGAAUUACAGGAUAAGAUCUAUUCUGAGAUAGUUAUGGUGCGAAAUGAAUCAAAGCAGCAAGAUCAACAAGCUGUUGAUCAGAUGCUCCUUCUAUUGGCUACUGUAUAUGAAUCUGCUCGUCUUCUUCCAGCUGGGCCUUUGCUGCAAAGAUGUUCUCUAAACCAUGACUUGAAUCUUAAAACUGGUGUUACAAUACCUGCUGGAGCUAUGCUAGUUGUGCCGAUUCAGUUGGUACAGACGGAUAAUUCCAGUUGGGGAGCUGAUGCUGGCCAAUUUAAUCCCUUUCGUUUUCUGUCAAAGGCCAAAAAUGGAUUAACAUUAAGCACAGAGGAACAAAUGGAUGGCGCACGGAGCUCAUAUGUUUUAAAUGAGCCAAAUGAAAGUUCAGCAUUUCUUCCUUUUGGAUCUGGUACGCGAGCAUGCAUCGGCCAGAAAUUUGCAAUCCUUGGAGUUGCUAAAUUAUUUGCGUCUUUGCUUGAGCAUUAUGAGAUACGGCUUCUGCCAGGGUUUGAGAAUGAUCCCAAACCGAUAAUGAAUAAUUGUGUUCUUCAGCUUCUUCCUAGCCCGAAGAUAAUUUUCGUGAAGAGAAGCAGUGUUUGCACAAAUAAAGAAGUGUAAAGUGUUCUGUGUAAAUAGGAGUAUCUAUGUUUCAUAUUUUGGUGGAAAGAAGGCUCUUUUCUUUUGGCUUUUUAUGGCUAGAUGAUGGGGAAUGCAACUUUUUCGGGGUCAAUUCAGCAGUUGAAAUGGAGAAUAGUACAUGAGCGUGAUUCAUAGCUCAUUUUUUUUUCUUUCUGCUUCUAAGUGCCCCAUUUGGUUUCAUCUGUUGUCAUUUAAGCACUGGGCUAUUAAUUAAUCAGCCCUGUGGUUUUUUUCCCCAUCUUUGAGUUCGUAAUGUUCUUGUUACCCCCUUUUUUCUCCAAAGGGAGUUAACGAGUUUGUAAUGUUCUUGUUUACUCCCUUUCUCUCCAAAGGGAGUUAAUGAACUUGGAAUAUUAUUUUUUCCUCCUUUUUUUCUCCAGUCGGAGAUAUUGAGCUUGUAAUGCCCACAGAAUAAUAUACGUGGUAAUAUUAAUUGUCCAAGUGAUUGUGAUUGGGAUAUUUGAGUCUCUGUGUGUGUGUGUGUGUGUGUUUGUGUUGACGCGUACUGUCAGCCUUGUCUGCUGAAUUUCUAAUAUUACAUGGAGAGGAGUGAUUUUGAAUUCCUGUAAAA